UUCUUUAACAGACCUGCUGUAUUAUCUUAUGUUUGUGUACAUUGUGUAGGAAACCAAACUAAUAUAGUUAACUAUGAAGAAGAUAGAUAUAUCAAAACAAAGCAUUAUUUACCUCCAUUGUUUACAAUGUUGCCCCUACUUUGCUGCAAAAAUGUAUGGAAUAUUAUUAUGGUAAUUUGAAGAUUUUAUCCACCAGAGAAAAUUUAAAAUGUCGUUAGUGACAGACACAGAUCAAGCUUCAGGAUUCCUGGAUCAUUUACAGAACAAGUUACGUGAGCAGGGGGACUACACAAAGGAUGAUGACAUCACAUCAAUCCUUUCUAUGUUGGAGAGUCCAUUGUUUAAACAGCUCUUAACUCUACAAGAAUCACUUCAUGAACUUAAGCAGGUCACCAAAACUUACCCUGUAACUGAGAAUGCAUUUGAAAUCUCUAAUUCAGGAGAAUUGAUCUUAAAUGUACCUCCAGAUGGAAUCACCAAUCCUAGUUUUAAUGAUACGACUGCUGACCAUGAUACUUAUGCUGUUUCUGAGGGACCUAUUGCCAUGCCUAGUUACGAUGUUGAAUUCCAAAGGGCAGUUGAAAGAUCAGCUCAAGGGAGAGAAGUGGAAACUAUCAAGUUAUUUAAGCCAGAGAACAGCAGCUUGGGAUUCAGUGUUGUUGGGAUGAAGAAGAAGGAUAAUGCUGAGUCUGGAAUAUUUAUACAAGAUAUACAGCCUGGUGGAAUAGCUGCAAGAGAUGGAAGACUUAGAGAACAAGAUCAGAUCCUAGCUAUAGAUGGACAGCCACUAGACUUGUCACACCACGAGGCUAUCCGCAUUCUUCAGAGUGCACAGGGACUUGUGCAGUUAGUGGUAGCCAGAGGACAAUAUCCAAACCAACAAGGGGAUCCUCCACCUAGUCCCCACAAACAACAGUUGUCCAAUGUACAGUCGGAGGGUUCAGCCGAUAUGGUUCUGAAUACAGAAUGGACUCAAAUUGAAGUAAUUGACUUAAUAAAUGACGGAACAGGAUUAGGAUUUGGUAUUAUCGGAGGUCGUAGUACAGGAGUAGUUGUAAAGACCAUUCUACCUGGUGGUAUAGCUGAUAUUAAUGGACGUUUACACAGUGGUGAUCACCUUUUACAAAUUGGAGAUGUUAAUGUUCGUGGUAUGACUUCAGAACAAGUUGCUCAGGUUCUACGACAGUCUGGUAGUCAGGUUCGUCUAAUUGUGGCUCGGCCAAUUAACGAACCGCCUACAAUGCAGAUUCCUCAUGCACCAAUAGUUCCAACACAUCAGUUAGAUGAACAUUUACAUCAGAUAAAUACUUUAUUAGAUACGACUGAGACCAUUCCAGACAUGGCUGAUCCCCAUCAGCAACAACAGCAGUUUAACCAAGGGAUGGGGAUGGAUGGCAUUGUACAAGUUCAUCAUCAUGGUUUCGAAGACAUGUCACCUGAAUAUCCAGAGAUCAAUUAUUUUGAUGUAGAGUUAUUGAAGGACAACCAAAAUGGUCUUGGUAUUACAAUAGCCGGUUAUGUGGGUCGUCAGAGUGACAAUCCAGACGAUUUAUGUGGAAUUUUUGUGAAGAGUGUGGCUGAAGGCAGUGCAGCAGGUGUAGAUGGGAGAAUACAGGUUAACGAUCAGAUUAUACAGGUUGAUAAUCAAUCCUUACAAGGUUUCACUAAUCACCAAGCUGUGGAAGUAUUACGAAAUACUGGACAAAUGGUCCUUCUCAAACUAGCAAGGUAUCAGCGUGGACCAAAGUUUGAAAAAUUACAACAGUAUUUAGCACACCCUAACAUUAACAUACCAUAUCCCUCUAAUGGAAUAGGUCCUGCUCCAGAGACAGCGCCACCAGGGUAUGAAUCACAACAACAAGUAGAUGUGGAAGAUAUACCAGUCAUGUUCUGUGAUGAGGAUUAUACUGGGGAACUGUUACCAGACGUGGAAGCUGCUAUAAGACAAUGUUGGGAACCUAUUAUAGGAGAAGACUUUGAAGUCGUUGUUUCACAGCUUUCCAAGUUUCGUGAAGGAGGAGGAUUAGGGAUUAGUUUAGAAGGGACUGUUGAUGUGGAGAAUGGUGUAGAAGUCAGACCUCAUCACUAUAUAAGGUCCAUCUUACAUGAUGGUCCAGUAGGAAUAAAUGGAAGACUUAAAAGUGGAGAUGAAUUAUUAGAAGUCAAUGGGAAAAGAUUGCUUGGACUUAACCAUAAAGAAGUGGUUGGUAUUCUAAAGGAACUUCCUCAACAUGUGCGCCUUGUUUGUGCACGACGUGUUCAACAACCAAACAACGAAAUCUAUGCACAACAAGAUGGACAAUUUUUUAGUUCAGAACUCAACCCUGGUGUCAACGAAAUGGGAUUUGCAACAGAACGCCUUGUUAAAGCCAAAUCAGAAAUGGCCCUGGCGUCUGCUGUUGAAAAUAGUACUGUACAAAACUCUUUAAACAAAAUGAAAUCUCGGUCUUUAGAACCACUGUCAAACUUUGCCAUGUGGAGUAGUGAACCAGUUGUGAUAGAAUUGAAGAAAGGAGAUAAAGGAUUAGGAUUUAGUAUUUUGGAUUAUCAGGAUCCAGUAAACCCUGGUGAAACUGUGAUAGUAAUCAAAAGUCUGGUACCUCAUGGUGUUGCUCAACAAGAUGGCCGCCUGGUUCCAGGUGACAGAUUAAUGUUUGUCAAUGAGAAUAACCUGGAGAAUGCUACACUAGACGAAGCUGUUCAGGCAUUGAAAGGUGCACCUCAGGGAACUGUAAGAAUAGGUGUGGCCAAACCCUUGCCAUUUCCCAGUGGUUUCCCUGGACAGAAUCAGAAUGCAACUUUACCAUUCACCCAUGCUGCAAAUUAUGAUGUUGGUUAUGGUUUCCCAAAUGCACCUUUCCCUGCAAAGCAUGCUGGGUAUCCCGCCGAAAACGUACAACGACAAAUCAUCGGGGAUGAGAACUCAUAUACUUAUGCUUCCGUUAAGAGAACUGAAUCGACUUCAACCAGCGGAAAAGAAGAUAAAUCCAAUAGAGACAGCUUUUAUGAAAGUUCUGAGGAUGAAAAACAAGUGAAAUUGAAGCCAGUUGUCUCCCCUCGAACAAAUAUUCCCCCUAAGAACAAAUACAUAAAUUAUGAAAAUGAACAAAUUAUUGCUGAAAUCAAUUCUACACAUGUGCAUGCAGAAAAACCAGCUCAUUUGCCACCAAAACCUCAUCCUAGAACUUAUAUAUCCGAUUAUCUCAAUACUUCCCCUGAAGUCACGGAGCCUAAAGAAACAGGCCCAAAACCUACUGCUGAGGCGUCUCCUCGUGCUCAAUCUCCAAUAGAUUACGAAAAUACAUCACCUGUAUUGCCUUCUUAUGAAGAGGCAAUCUCAGGAGACCUAGAAUUUGGUAUGGAUGAUGCUGCUGCACCACCUGUACCUCCUAGAGAGGAGAGUAACCUGAUCAAUGAAAUCAUGGUUGCUAAUACGUUUGAACAAGUAGAAGAGAAAAUUAUUGAAUCUGAGAUUUCAUCUGAUGAGCAAUCUGUGAAAUCACCAAGUAAAGAGUCGCCAUUGAUGCGAUCUCCGCCCCCUAUUCCACCUAAACCUGUGUCACCCAGGAUUCGACAAUUAAAGACAAAGGAAGCACCUCCACCUUUGCCAGUUUCCUCACCACCUCCUUUAGACAACAAUAUGGUCAAUAAUUCCAUUGGGAGUCCAGACCAAGCCGAUGCAGCAGGUUCUAUACCUAUACCACAUUCCUCUCCUCAGCCAAUCACAAGUGACCUUAAACAAGCUUCUCCGUCAUCAUCAUUGUCUCCGGGAAGAUCACCGAUUUCCUCGCCAAGUCUCAUGAGAACACUGUCAGGGGGAGCUGAUUCAUUACCUGUAUCAUUAGAAAAACAAAUCAAAAUCAAAAAAGGAAAUGAUCAACUAGGUCUAACAGUUGAAUCCACAGAUAAAGGAAUAAAUGGAUGCCAUGUUAAAUCCAUUGCCACAAACAGUGCUGUUGGAAAAGAUGGAAGAAUUAAAGUUGGAGAUUAUAUCGUAAACUUUAACAACGAGAGUACCAGAAAGAUAACUAAUGCUCAAGUCAGGGCCAUCAUUAGAAGGGCCUCUUUAUUAGGAUUUGAUAUUAGUAUUACUUACAUAUCCAGUGAAGAUGCUGCUGCCUACAAGAGCUCGAGAGUUGAUGACACGUCACCUCCCCCUCCAACCAUGAUGCCUUCUCCAAAUGCCAAUUUAUCACCGCUGGCUCAACCUAAGAAUGAAAUUAACAGUCCGGUUAAAAUUGAAGCUGCUGAGAAACUUAAGACUGCUGAAGUAACUAGAUUAGGACAACAGACAUGGGGACCACCCAGAACAAUAGAACUAUAUCGUCAACCAGACAAAAGUCUUGGAAUAAGUAUUGUUGGUGGAAGAGUGGAUAUGUUCCAUGUACAACCAGACCAUGUGAUCUCAGGUAUAUUUAUAAAGCAGGUGUUAGAGGAUAGUCCUGCUGGAAAAAAUGGAACUCUCAAAACAGGAGAUAGAAUAUUAGAGGUUGAUGGUAUAGAUUUACGGAAUGCAUCACAUGACCAAGCUGUAGAUGCGAUCAGGAACUCUGGUUCUCCAGUCAAAUUUGUGGUACAGAGUCUGUGUGAUGCUGCCUGCCCAAAUGAUUUGGAGACUGAAAUCAAACCAGUACAGUCAUACGACGAGAUACAGGCAGCAACAAAUGCACCAUUGACUCAGACUUCAACUAAACCUGACAUACCACAGAAACCAAUUCUCAACAAGCCAGAGUUAGUAGAAAAACAAAUUGUGAAUAAACUUGAGAUUAUACAGAACCAAGUCGAUGAUGAUGAAGAGGUAGAGGAGAUAGAGGAGGACGAUGAAGAAGACAAUGAAACAGAAGAUGAAUAUGGAUACACACACAAGAGAGUUCUCAGAAGAUAUGGUGACUUAGGAGGUGAAGUUCAUUUGGUGGACUUAACAAGAGGAGGCAAUGGGUUAGGGAUCAGUUUAGCAGGGAACAAGGAUCGUAACACGAUGAGUGUGUUCGUGGCUGGUAUCCAACCAGAAAGUGUGGCAGCUAAGGAUGGACGGAUUGAAAUUGGAGAUGAAUUAUUAGAGGUUAAUGGGCAGGUGCUAUAUGGCAGAAGUCAUUUGAAUGCCUCAGCUAUCAUCAAAAUGGUAUCUACUAAUGUGGUAAAAAUAGUUCUAGUCAGAAGAGAAGAUAACUUAGAUCAAAUGGCAGUGAAACCUCUGAGAUCUUAUCCUCCAGGAUCCACAGAAGAUAUAUCCACGUCCCCUUCACCUCCUAAGAAGCCAGUUACCUCCCCUGAAAACAUUCCUUCUUCACUUGAUGUUGUCCAAGUAGUCUCCCUUAUAAAGGGAGUGUCUGGAUUAGGUUUUGCAAUAGUAGAAGAUAUGAGGGAUAAUCGUCAAGGCAUUUAUAUUCGCAGUAUAACACAAGGUGGUGUCGCAGCUAAGGAUGCCCAGUUAAGUGUAGGUGAUCAGAUAUUAGAAGUUGGUGACAAGGAGCUCUAUGAAGUGCAUUAUGACAAGGCAAUAGAAAUUUUAAGAAAUAGUCAAGGAAAAGUGAAAUUAAAAGUUAGAAAAUGUGGAGUAGACACAAUAAAUUACAGCGGAAAUAGUUCACAGCCACCUCCAGUCUUUCAGUUGGACAGUAUUACAGGAGAAUCUUCCACGGAUCCAAUGGAAGAAAAAACUCCUCAGCCAGAAACCAAUGAUCCUAAAACCUGCGCCAUCAUUCCAGGAAGAGAAACCUAUAUAGAAAUAGAGAAAGGCAGGACGGGACUGGGAUUGAGUAUAGUUGGUGGCAAUGAUACAUUAUUGGGUGCUAUAAUUGUACAUGAAGUUUAUGAAGAUGGAGCAGCUUCCAGAGAUGGGAGGUUAUGGGCUGGUGACCAAGUGUUAGAAGUGAACAAUGAGGAAUUACGAGAAGCUUCACAUGAUUAUGCAAUACAGGUGCUACGUCAGACUCCUGCUACCGUGGGAAUUCUUGUCUUCCGUGACGAUAAUCAAGUCAAAGAAGAGGACAUUUAUGAUAUUUUUACAGUAGACCUCAAUAAAAAACAAGGCCGUGGAUUAGGUCUCAGUAUUGUGGGCAAACGUAAUGAUGUUGGAGUUUAUAUAUCUGAUAUUGUGAAAGGUGGAGUAUCAGAAUCUGAUGGUAGACUGAUGCAAGGUGAUCAGAUAUUGGCUGUCAACGGUGAAGAUAUGCGAAAUGCAACUCAGGAAUAUGCAGCUGCUGUCUUAAAGACAUCACUAGGUAAAGUCACACUAACUGUUGGAAGAUUAAAAGCUGGAUCACGUGCCUCAUCUCGGAAACAGUCAAACCCAGGUGGUCUGAAAAAGUCAGAAUCUACUGCUAGCAAUAAAUCUAAAGGAGGAAGACAUUCUAAGACUGUGAGUGAAGACUUGAACCAUGUAAGAAUUGUAGAACUUACCCAUGAUGUAUCAGGCUCCCUGGGAUUGAGUAUAGCUGGUGGUAUAGGAAGUUCAUUAGGGGAUACUGCUGUUUUGAUUGCUAACCUAACACCAGGGGGAGCUGCUGCCAGAUCACAAAAGCUUAAGAUUGGAGAUAAAAUUAUCCAGAUAAAUGACAGAGAAACAGAUGGAAUGUCACAUGAUGAUGCAGUGCAGUUACUGAAAUCUGGUGGUACAGUUACCUUAAUGGUAACUCAAGGAGAAGAGACCCGAGUGAGUGUGACUGGUGGAAAAGCUUCCAGGCCAGUUAGUGCUGAUAUGACACCACAAGAUAAUGCUGUAUUUGAUGAUGAUGGAGCUCCACCUCAGUGCAAGACUAUAACAUUGAACAGGGGACCAGCUGGAUUAGGGUUCUCUAUUGUAGGAGGUCAUGGAAGUCCACAUGGAGAUUUACCUAUCUAUGUCAAAAGUGUGUUUGCACAAGGUGCUGCAUCAGUGGAAGGGAACCUCAAACGUGGUGACCAGAUAUUGUCAGUGAAUGGACAAAGUUUAGAAGGAUGCACACACGAAGAAGCUGUUAAUAUUCUCAAAAAUGCAAAGGGAAAUGUGACUUUAAUGGUUUUAAGCUCAUAGCAAUUUUUAUCAUGCAACGUAGAAGAUUUCAUUUAUACAUAGAAGAGAUUAGAACAAAAGAAAGAUCUGAACAUUUAUUCCAACACUGAUGUGUUCAUGGAUAUGUUUUGCAAUAAUUACAUUACAGUUUACACAUAAUGUUUGUUAACCAAUUUUCUUCCAACUGGUGAGAUCAAUAUCGACCUUCAACUUCAGUUGUUUUAAGAAAAGUAUUGUAAUCAUUAUUGCUCAGGUAAAUCUGUUUGCUUCAAGUGAUUUCAUAAUAAAUUUACCUGAAAUCUCUUUUAAUGAUGCAAAUUACAGCACUUUUUUAAAUAGAAAUGGAAAAAAUAAAUUAGAAUUAACAUUUGUAAGAAAAUUGGUUAACGUUUGCUUGUUUUUGGUUGUAAUUUUGCAGAGUUGGUGCUCUACAUAAUGUUACAAUGUAAUUACCAUUAUAAUCAGUCUAACCACUGAUUUUUUUAUUUCUAAAGCUCACACAAUAUUUGUUUUUAUACAAUUUGUAUGAAGUGUUGAUCACAUAUUUUUUUAAAGCUAGCUUAUAGAUAAAUGUAGAAUUUUCAUUCAGUCUGUCAGUUAAAGCACUCAAUACCAUAAACUGACAUACUAUCAUAAAUUAAUGUUAGGAGAUUUUGUAUUUUUUAUUUAUGGUUUUAGUUUAGAGUUUGGUUGUGUUUUAGUUCAUAUUUGGUUGUUGUUGAAGGGGAUAAUACAUAAACUUCUCAUAUAGGAGUACAGUCAAGGGAGGUAAUUAGUCUGUGUAAUUUGGUUGCAAUAACAUCAAAUUACUCAUUGGACAAAAGAAAUAAAAAGACCAGCAUUGCUUUGUCACUUACAUGUAUGCUUUUAAGUGAAUAUUGAAGAAGAUUUUUUUUUUUUUUUUUCAAAGAAAUUAGAAUUGCUCAAAUAAAGAUCAGUGUUUAAAUUUUACCAAAAUUACUGGAGUUUUUUAAAAAGUUAUACUAAAUAUGGCCUUCUUUGAGAAAACAUGCUUUUCAUUGUGUAAGUCCAAUUUGCAUGUUUUACAAUAUGAGACGUGUGUGUUUUUCCUUAAUAUUCUUUUCUUACCAACAGCAAAACUUCUUAUCAAUUAAUGUUAUGUCUGCUUGUAGACUUUGGAGAUUUUUCAGUUUAUCAGUUUAUGACUUAUAAAGUUUAAAAGUAAUAAACUGAUAAACUGAAAAAUCUACAAAGUCUAUAAGCAGACAUAACAUUAAUUGAUAAGAAGUUUUGCUGUUGGUCAGAAAAAAAGUUGUUUAAAAUGUAUUAGACUAAGUAUUCAAAUUAUAAUCACAAAGUAAAAUGUGUAUGCUCUGUGUUAUCUUAUCAGAUAUGUAAACAUAAUAAUACAGUAUUUUUUUUGUGUCCUUUCUUUAUCAAAAAAGUAACAUUAAUACUUUUAAUAGCACUUUGGUUCACUUAAAGUUGAGCAUGAACUUUUUCUCCCAUGCUUUUUGUUAUUGACAAUAGGGCUCUUCACGGUUAGUUCGGCCAUAUUGGAUAGGGGCAGAUUUUUUUAGAAAGAGGUAGAAAUAGUAUGAAAGUAUGGGAAAUCCUAUGUGUGUUUCCAAGCAAUAGCUCUGUUUUAAUGAUGUGUUCCGGUAUUUUUCACACCAUUUGUACCUCCAUUAUGAAAAUCUGCUCAUUAUCCAACAUGGCCGAACUAACCGUGAAGAGCCCUAUUGAAACCAUUAAUUUUGAAACACCACUCAUUAUUCUAAAUCAAAUCUGUCCAUCUGUACUAUCACACAUUUUGAUUUUAUCUAAAUCAUGCUGCAACAGGUCUUUGUAAAUGUAAAUGGAGUUUUAUAAUGCAGGAAAAUAAAUUACAACUAGAAUAAUAUUCAAGUAUUAAUAUUCAGGGCAAGACAUAAUUUAAUCUGGUUUGAACUCUAUAAAAUACACAGGAAAAUUAGGAUGCUAUAAAUCUUGUAUCGAAUUUACAGAAUUUCAACUUAUAUGUUUAAACAAUAUUUUUAAAAGCAAUCAAUCUCAUACUUAAAAUGAAAAGGCUGUAAUGGAAAAUGUUCAAAUUGGCAAAUUAUCACAAUUUUUACUUAAUAAUGAAUGUACAAUGAUAAUUUGUGUACUCUGAGAUUUUAAUAGAAGGCAUACUGACUAGGUCAGACUUGAUGGUUGUUCAUAUAUACUAUUUUUAUCUAUUUUAAAGUCAGUAAAAUCUUUAUAUCAAGCUUUAGAUGGUAUAUGAUUUUAUAUUUUACCAUUAUUCAUUUACAUGAGGUUGUGUUUAAGUUUGAUAAUCAAAUUUUUGUACAGAUCAAUAGGUUUAAAUGUUGAUUUUUAUUUUCCAGAUUUUAGAAUUGUUAACAUAUCAUAUCAUUUGAUCAUUUUUCAGUUGUUAUAUCAAGAUUUAUACCAAUUUAUAUAUUCAUCAAAUAAUUAAAAACAUAAUUGAUUUGG